CUCAGUCCCCAGUCUCCACUCUUUCCCCUUUCAGUAAAUAAAGUAAAAGUAAAGUCACUAUUCAACGCCGGGCAAAGAGAAGGGAAAUCACAAGAAAAUCAUUGAAUUUAGGUUUCAAUUAGCUAAAAAAAUCAGCGAGCGAGUCAAAGAUCGUUUAAAGAUAAGGGUUUCGGACGGAGAAGAUGGCGAGUCCGAUGAGUUCGAGUAGUGUGAGAGGAUUAUCGAUAACGCCGGGAGCUAGGGUUUUGAAAACGCCGCUCAAUGACGAGACUAUUUGGAAGCGGCUUAAAGAAGCUGGGUUCGAUGAGGAGUCUAUUAAAAGAAGAGAUAAAGCUGCUCUUAUUGCCUAUAUCGCUAAAUUGGAAUCCCAGAUCUAUGAUCUUCAACACCAUAUGGGUCUUCUCAUACUGGAAAGAAAGGAGUUGACUUCAAAAUGCGAGCAAAUCAAAACCUCUGCUGAAACAGCUGAACUCAUGCAUAAGCGUGAUCAGGCGGCCCACUUGUCAGCUUUAGCGGAAGCAAGAAAGCGAGAAGAGAGCUUGAAGAAGGCUUUGGGAGUUGAAAAAGAGUGUAUAGCAAGUAUAGAGAAGUCCUUGCAUGAGAUCCGUGCCGAGUCUGCUGAAAUUAAGGUUUCAGCUGAUCUACAAGUGGCAGAAGCACGCACUAUGAAGGAAGAUGCUCAAAAUAAGUAUGUAGACGCUGAAGCAAAACUGCUCGCUGCAGAAGCUUUACAAGCAGAAGCUAGCCAGUAUCGCCGUGCAGCAGAAAGAAAGCUCCAGGAAGUUGAAGCACGUGAAGAUGAUCUUAGCAGACGCAUUAGUACUUUCAAAGCUGAUUGUGAUGCAAAAGAGAAGGAGAUAGAUCUUGAGAGACAAACUUUGAGUGAGAGAAGAAAAGUUCUGCAACAGGAACAUGAAAGAUUACUUGAUGGACAAGCUUCACUGAAUCAGAGGGAGGAUUACAUUGCUAGCAAAGCUCAAGAGCUAGAUCGUUUAGAGAAGGAAUUGGAGGCUUCCAAAGUAAGUGUUCAGGAGGAACUUAGAGUCGUGAAUGACAAUAAUUCCAAGUUGGAGGCAAUGGCUGCUUCCUUGGCUCAAAGGGAACAGACAACUAUUGAGAGGGAAGCUCAGCUAAGCAAGAGAGAGCAAGAUUUACUUGUUAUGCAGGAAAAACUGGCCAGCAAGGAAUCUGAUGAAAUUCAGAAAAUUAUUGCUAAUCAAGAGACUGUUCUAAGAAAAAGGAAGUCAGAAUUUGAAGCUGAGUUGGAGGUGAAACGAAAAUUGGUGGAGGAAGAAAUUGAAGUAAAGAAACGAGCUUGGGAAUUAAAAGAGAUGGAUCUUAGACAACGGGAAGAACUGAUGAGCGAAAAAGAACAGGAGUUGGAGGUUCAAUCAAGGGUUUUGGAUGAUAAGGAGAAGGAUGUGACGGAAAAAAUAAAGUUUCUUGAUGAGAAAGAAAUACGCCUUAAUACUCUUGAGAAUGAUACUGAAAUGAGGAGUGUCCUUCUACAGCAAGAAAAAGAUGAAAUUAAUAAAAUGAAGUUAGAACUUGAAAAGUCUAUGAAUAGUUUGGAAGAAGAGAAGAAGCAAGUUGAUAGUGCAAAGGAGAAACUAGAGAGAAUGAAAAGUGAAACAAAUGAACUUUCGAGUUUAGAGGUGAAACUUAAAGAAGAGGUCGAUAUGCUUAGGGCUCAAAAGGUGGAGCUUAUGACUGAAGAAGACAAGUUGAAAGUUGAAAAAGCCAAGUUUGAAGCCGAGUGGGAGUUGAUUGAUGAAAAAAGAGAGGAGCUAAGGAUAGAAGCUGAGCGCAUAGCUGAUGAGAGACAAGCUGUUUGCAGGCUGCUCAAAGAUGGGCGGGAGAGCCUAAAAGUAGAGAAGGAAACAAUGCGAGAACAACAUAAACGUGAUGUGGAAUUGCUUAACCAUGAGAGGGAGGAGUUCAUGAAUAAGAUGGUGCGUGAGCAUUCUGAGUGGUUCAACAAAAUUCAAAAGGAACAUGCAGACUUCCUUUUGGGUGUCGAGAUGCAGAAAAGAGAGAUGGAGAGCAGUAUUGAAAAAAGGCGAGAAGAGGUUGAAUGUUACUUAAGGGAUCAAGAGAAAGCCUUUGAGCUGGCAAAAAAAAAUGAACUCGAGCAUAUUAGUUCUCUCAGGGAGACAGCCUCAAAAGAGUUGGAGCAGGUUUUUUCAGAAAUUAAGAAGCUUGAUUAUGAGAGAACGGAGAUAAACUUAGACCGGGAGAGAAGAGACAGUGAAUUGGCUGCGCUGAAUGAAUUUAUUGAGGAACUUAAGGCUCAAACGCAGAAAUUAGAGAAACAGAGAGAAUUGUUGCAUACAGAAAGGCAGGAGGUCUGUGCUCAGAUUGAACACUUGAACAAGUUGGAAGAUUUGAAGCUUAUGUUGGACAAUGUGGAGCUGGCUAAGAUGCAGCAGUCCAACAUGGAGUCUAGUCAGAAGAAAAUUUCUGCAAUAAGACAUAUGAGGCUCCAGUCUGCUGUAAAAGAUGCUGAACGGAUUUCACACAAAAGAGUAGAUAAUGGUAGUAAUGAAGUUGGUCUUCUUUCUCCGUCUAUUCAAAAGCUAGAUGUUUCACCAUUCCUGAACUCUGCUCGUUUCUCUUGGAUUAAACGUUGCACUGAACGGAUAUUCAAAAGUUCUCCUGAAAAGGUCCAAUUGAAGAGUGAGGAAAAAUCUCUAAUAUCUACCCCUAAAGAUAAAAGCUUGAUAUCUGAUGGAAAAUUAGAUUCUUCCAAUGGAAAUUCUAAACAAUUGCUCAAAGCUGGAAGGAAAAGGAGAGUUGAUAAUUCUUCAUUGGAUGUUACCACUGAUCCACCUGAGCAAAAGCAGAACAGUAAAAGGAGGAAGCAAAAAGAAAAUUCUGCGGCAGGAUUAUUACCAGAAGCCAAUAACAUCAGUGUAAGUUCAAGUCAGGAAAAUUCACCACCACAGGAUCAUCAUUCAACUGAAGCAGGUGCUGAAAAUCAUGUAAUAAUUGAAGAGAAUGUCAUUAAAAUAUCAGAAGUGACUACUACGAUAUCUCACACAUACAAUUUUUCAAAUCAAGAUAAGCCAGAGCAACAACUGAAUUCUGGAGAUGAUCACUGUGUUGUUCAAGAUGGUGGUACAAAUGGUCACGCAGACCAUGAAAAUGUGGAGCAUAAUAUGCAAACAUGUGUUUCAGAAAUAUCAGAAACAUUGAAAGGCCAAUUGGAAAAUAAUGGACUUGGUACUCUGCCUCAUCAGAUUCUUGAAAACGAAUUGAAGAAAGCUGAUCUGACAGUGAAAGAUUCUGAUGUGACAUCUGACUCUAGUGAGAAGGUCGGGAAGGAUAUAAUAAGGAUGACAAGAUCAACUCUGAAGCUGUAGAUUUCUGUCAACAGUGUCAUUGUUCAAGCUGUUAAUUGUAUGUCGGGAGUACAGAUAAUCCUUGGCCGAGUUGAAUUCUUAUGCUUGUCGAUUUAUCUAGUAUUUCAAAAUUUGUGGUUGGAUCAUCUCACAGUGAGUGGUAAAUUUGUAAAUGGUUUCUGUUAUUGUGUGUUUUGUGAGGUGGUCUGGUGAUGUUGUGUUAUUGAAUAGGAGUGAGCUUUUAUGUACAGGAAGAGGUUGCAUCUAUGACUGGUUUGCUAUUUGGUUAAUAGUUAGUUUUUGUCUAGUUAACUAGAAUCUGGAAUGAAUGAAUUUUUAUAAAUUUUAAGAAAUUUAUAUGAUGAUAUUUGAUUGAUUUAA